AUGAAGUUUGUAGUCUACAAACCACCAACACAAUCUCGAUCGGCGCCACUAUUCUACUAUGCGGAUGGCGAUCGUAGUAACUGGAAUCUUGGAUCGCUGCCAAUUACUGCCACCAUCACUGCGGUUGGCGCAACACUUCAACCGUUCUACGAACGAGAUCAGAGGCACUUCAUCUUCGCGUACAAUGACGACAGUCCCUCAGGAAAAGUGGAAUCCUACAGGGGACACAGUAAAGGCGUUGUGGUAUUUGACGAUGAAACUGGCUUCUGGAUGAUUCAUAGCGUGCCAAAUUUUCCAUCGUUAAGCUCCUAUUCUUAUCCAGCAACCGGCAUCAAAUUCGGUCAGACGUUUUUGUGUUUGAGCCUUCCUACACGAUUCCUUGGUGAUGUCGGAGAUCAUCUGCGGUAUCUCCAAGCAACGCCGUUCUUUUACAACUUGCCCAAUCAAUUCAGUGAAAGAUUCCCCGUUCUUGUGAACAUCGUCAAAAAGCAAUCCCUAUCGAAGUCGGCCACUCAUUUCACACGAAUCGGUCAGCUCAGUACUAUCCGAGGAAUGACGCUUAAGAGCUUUGCCAAGCACAAGAAAUUUAAUAAAGACCUCUGGUUCGAUCUGGUGGGUCCUGAGCUCGGAACAAACAUGGCGGUUGAGAGCUGGCUGAACGGCGGUGCUGACGAUCUAGAAAGCAUUUGCACAAGAAGAAUAAGCGUUUACGACGUCUCCGAAGUUACUCUACCGAACAUUUCAUUCAACAGUUCACGGGACCACUCAAAAUGGGCUGUGGCAGAUACCGAGGGACGAACAUCGACCGUAUGCGUCGGGGAUCUGAAUCGACAGGUGUGA